UAAUACCAUAUCACAUUAAUAUUCAAAAUCCCCAUUGCCACUUUUGAAUUGUUACUCCAAAACAUCAUGGAUCGACGCCUUUAUCAGGCUGUUCUAAACGGUGACACCAUCAACUUCAUCAAGCUCGUUGAAGAAGAUGAAACCCUAAUCACACAGACUGUGUCCGGAUCAUCAAACACAGUCUUACACUUAGCCGCGAGGUUCGGCCACCUGGAACUUGUGAGAGAGAUAUUGAAACGGUGGCCUGAAAUGGUGGCGGCGGAGAAUGGGGACCUGGAGACCGCGUUGUAUGAGGCGUGCCGAGAAGGGGAGAUUGAAGUGAUGAAGGUGUUGAUGGCGGCGGAUGAAGGGUCUGUCGGGAAAGUGAAUUGCAAAGGUGAGAGUGUGUUGUUUGUGGCUAGUGAAAGAGGGAUGGUGGAAGUGGUGAAGCAUUUGUUAAGGUUUCAAUGGCUGCUUGUGCAUGAACUUGAUGCGUUUAUGUGUUCUAUACAUGUUGCUGCUGCUGCUGGACAUACUGAAAUAGUGAAAGAGAUAAUCAAGGUGCGCCCGGAGUUUGCAAGAAAGUAUAAUUCAGAAGGAUACACUCCAUUACAUCUAGCUUGCAGUAAAGGCCACAUAGACACAAUACGGGAGCUUCUAUGGUUUGAGCCGGAUCUCUUGUACCUUCGAGAUCACAAAGGUUGGACACCCUUACAUUGUGCAUCAAUGAAAGGGCGAGUGGGAGUUCUUGGUGAAAUAAUCUCGAUAAGCAUUGAAUCCGUUGAUAUGGUUACCGACCAUGGUGAAACUAUUCUUCAUCUUGCGGUUAAGUAUAACCAGUUUGAUGGUCUUAGAUACCUAGUGGAAACACUCAACAUCUUAGAACUCGUGAACAUACAAGACAACGAUGGCAACACCGUGUUACACAUAGCGACAGCUGGAAAACUCACUACGAUGGUGACAUAUCUACUUAAACACGGAGUGGAUGUAAACGCUAUCAAUCAUAAAGGUUAUACAGCUCUAGAUGUAGUUGAAGCCGAUGGAAGCAACUCAAGUAUUCUCAAAAUUGUGCCAGCCCUUUUAGAAGCUGGUGCAAAAACAUGUGAUCAGUUACCUCCUAGAGACAUCCAAGAAGUCGUUCGUCACAAUAUAAUCACACAUUCUCCAGGAACUGGAAGAAGAGUGGAGUCCCGGGUUCAACAUCGUCACUCCAGAAAGAAAACUCACCGUAGAUCAAAACAAAUCGAGCUUCAAAACGAGGGUUUACGAAAUGCUAGAAACACCAUAACAGUUGUUGCGGUUUUGAUAGCAACUGUUACGUUUUCGGCAGGAAUAAACCCUCCUGGUGGUUUUAGUCAAGAAACCGGAAAGGCUAUAAUGGGAAAGAAGCUUCAGUUUAAGGUGUUUGUGGUGUGCAACAUUAUGGCAUUGUUUUUAUCCCUAGGAAUUGUUAAUGUGUUAGUGAGUGUCAUCCCAUUUAGGCGAAAAUCAAUGAUGAAAUUGUUAGUGGCAACUCAUAAAAUUAUGUGGGUGUCUACUAUGUUUAUGGCAGCAGCCUAUAUCGCUGCGACUUGGACCAUUUUGCCACAAGGGUCUGGCUCAAGAUGGUUGGUGAUUGAACUAAUGGUUGUUGGGGUAGGAUGCACCCUCAUUGUUCUUUUAGGAUUGGGUGUUUUGUUGAUGAAACAAUGGUCGAGAAAGAAAGAAUGGCGGUCAAGGAAAGAGAAAAAGACAAAGAAGGAUGGUACGCCUAAUAGUAGUCUUAAUAGUCGCGUUGGAGAGAUGCGUUUUGUUAGGAGUAGUCAUCCGUCUUCGUCUAGUAACUCGGAUAUUGAUAGUUCUGAUCAUGGUUACCAGGUUUACUAGUUAAGGUUUCAUCAUAUACAUAUGUUUGUAUCAGUUUCUUGGAUUUUUGUAUGGAGUAGAUAUGUAUAUGUGGCAUUUAUAGUUGUUA